UACGUCAUAAUGACACUAUUUUAAUUUUUUAUUAUGUUUUAAUUGCAGACACGACAGCGUUUCGACAAUGAUGCUAAUUUACUUAGCGAAAAUGUUGGACAUACCUGAUAAUAUAUCCGAAGCGAGCUUCGUGACAAGCGUGGAAGAAUCGUCUCGUAUAGAUCAAUGCACACAGACUCCGCCGAGCGGGAAAUCGAGACCCUUGCAACGAUACAACACCACCGACCACUUGUACGACAGACCGAGACCCUACCGAUUAAAAGAAUACCGACCGAAAAGCUUGGGUGUCUGCGACUCUUACCAAUGUCUGGGGAAACCGCCGAGCUAUGACAGUGGAAGCCAAUCGAAAAACAAGGUCACAGCAGCGGACAGUCCCACAAUUUCAGUGACUCCGCCUCACAGUCUGGAGUACGACUUGAAGGGUGGCUGCACGCCAAACGGGAGCAUCACGCCAACGGGCAUGAUGUCAAACAAGUCUAACACCACGGUGCUGCUAAGCCCUGGUUACUUACAAAGUCCAUGCCCAUGUAACCAAUCGAUUAGGAGUGUCAGCGACGUGGCACUAACGAUGCCAGUGGCCGCGUACACCGACGAAAUACCUGGACCUGCCUCGCCGGACGGACUGUCCUGGAGACGACUGCACAUGUCUAGAGCCAAGCUCAAAGCUACCGCUACCACUUCUGAACUAUUAUCAGGUUUCGCAAUGGUAGCGAUGGUUGAGCUACAGAUCAACGAACCGACGAACGUUCCAGAAUGGCUCUUCGUAAUGUUCGCGGUCUGCACAACGGUCCUAGUAGCGGUCCACAUAUUCGCCCUCAUGAUAUCAACGUACUUGCUGCCCAAUAUAGACGCGGUUAGCAAGAUGGACAACAGCCCGGGGGCCCCGGCCCGCGCCUUGAGGGAUUCUCCCCAUGAAAGGAUGAGGGGCUUCAUAGAACUCGCUUGGGCGUUUAGUACUGUGUUAGGUUUGUUCCUAUUCUUAGUGGAAAUAGCUAUUCUAUGUUGGGUGAAGUUUUGGGACUACUCUUUCGCGGCGGCUACGGCAGCCACCGUUAUUGUCAUACCAGUAUUAAUAGUGUUCGUUGCAUUUGCGAUACAUUUCUACCACUCUUUAGUCGUGCAGAAGUGCGAAACCUCCGUCCAAGACAUCAAACAACUCGAAAACAUGAAGCGAGAUCUAGACACGGCAACUGUAAAAGUUAAUAUGUAUCAAUAAUGGGGAAUUUGUAUGCCAUAUCUAAAUUAUAUAUAGGUGCCUAAUUUUGAAAUUAAUAUAGAUAUUUUUUUUAGCAAAUUAUGUUUUUAGUUAAAUGAAAAAUAUUUUAUAAAAUACGUUUAUUAAUAUUUCUUGAAGAGUAUAUCGAUGGUGUGUUUUAAAUAAAUACUGUGAUGUUUAUAAUAAGUGUGGAUUAAAUCUUGUAAUAAGUGAAAUUUCAAUAUCGGAUAGGAUUUUAUUAUUAUAUUCAUUCAUAAAAAAAAAUUGUAUCGUGAAUAAUCUCAUUCCAUUUAUUAAUUAGAAAACGAAAACCGUUAUGAGUGACAGCUGUCAUGACAGCUCGUGAUUGUGUCGAAUAUUCAUAAAAUUAAAAAAUCGAAUUUUGAGUCUCAAAGACAAAUAGCCGAGUUUUUUGUAGACUAAUUGUAAAUAAAUUAUUAAAACAAUAAAAUGAAGUUAUUUUUUAAAGUAAGUUUGUUGUUAUUUUGUCUUGACAUAUUUUACUACGCUUAAAUUAAGUAUUAAAGAUUUUAUAACGUAUAUGUAUUAAUAGCAAAUACUUUUUAUCCGAAGACUAAAUUUUUUAAUAUUUAUUAUAUAAUUAUAGAGUAUUAAAUAUUCCUUUACACAGUACAAUUUAAACGGUUUUUUUUUUGUUUAAAAAUCUUAAUUGGUUAUUGUAUUCCACUAAAAUAAAUGUAAAUUUUAAAUGACGUUCAAAAUUAAACAUGUGACAUUA